AUGUCUUGGUCCGGCUUCAAAAAGGGCGUCAACCGGGCGACGACCCAGGUCAUGAUGAAGACGGGCCACGUUGAGAAGACAAACGACCGCGACUUUGAGACGGAACUGCGCCGCUACAGGACCAUGGAGUCAGCCGCCAACAAGCUGCAGAAAGAGGCUAAGGGAUACCUGGACUCUCUGAGAGCCAUGACCGCCUCGCAAAUGCGCAUCGCAGAGACUAUCGACGCAUUCUACGGAGAUGCCGGCGCGAGAGACGGUGUGAGCAGAAGCUACAAAGAAGCCGUGGCGGAUCUGGACGCGGAGACGAUCAAGGCGCUCGACGGCCCCUACCGGACCACGGUACUGGAGCCUAUCUCACGGUUCUGCGCGUAUUUCCCAGAGAUCAACGAAUGCAUCAAGAAGCGCUCCCACAAGCAAACCGACUACGACGCCAUGCGCGCCAAGGUCCGCAAGCUCACCGACAAGCCCGAUAAGGACGCGACGAAGCUCCCUCGCGCGGAGAAGGACGAACAGCUCGCCAAGGCUGCCUAUGACCAGCUGAACGAGCAACUGACGAACGAGCUGCCCCAGCUCAUUGAUCUCCGCGUUCCCUACCUCGACCCCAGCUUCGAGGCGCUGGUCAAGAUCCAGCUGCGCUUCUGCGCGGAAGCUUACUCGAGAAUGGCGCAGGUGCAGCAGUACUUGGACGCGGAUACGAGAGACCAGUACGCCAGCGGCCAGCUGGACAACAGGGUGGAGGAAGUGCUGCAGGAGAUCCGGGAGCUCAGCAUCGCUGGAACUGUCUAA